AUGUCGGAGAGUCCACUCACCCAAGAGGAAGAGCAGGUCCUUGUUGAAGACCAAAUCCUUAUUCCCCUGCCAUAUCCCCACCAGUCCAGAACAAAGAAGGGAAAGGUUUUCGCGGCAUUUUUUUCGAGCUUGUCUUCGCCGGACUCAUCAAGCAUUCCACCAAGCGCUUCUGGCACCAUAUCGGUGUUCUACCAAUCCACGAGCCCCAAUAUAGGCAUCGAAAUCCCCUUGGUUUUGCACAGCCCGGAAACCAUUGAGUACCUUGGCUUUGAGAUACGAAUCGCACACGAGCUUUUCAGUCGAUGGAAUCAUAGGCAUCCUCGAAUAGGGCUUCUGGACUUUGUGUACGGUCACACAGCGAGUGCCCGAGGGUUAAAGCUAGACAGUGCAAACAUCUCGGACCGCGAUGUCCUAGCUCAGCUUGGCGUACAGACUUGGCUUCAGGAUACGACUCUCGACAAAGUCGCUUCACAGGUUGUCGAUAUCCACAUUGUUCAAUUCUGGCUUGACGACACUCUCAAGACCCGCUACAACUCACUGAGGUCGAUGCUACAUCUAUUAAAAUCACACGCCGUGUUAAGAUUACACGAAUCUGCACAAAUCUGA